GCCCUCGUCAGACCACAGGUCAUGUCAUCAUAAGGUGUACGAUUGUUUGCGGAAUUGGAAGGGCACUACGCUGUGCCUCCGUUCAUAAUUUAGAAUAUUUUUAUUUGGAUUAUGAUUCAUAAAUUUCAGUGUGGAUUUAAGCCAUAGGCCGUCGUGAUGGCAACACUAGGGGCAGAAAUACGCUGCAGUCAACACACGUAUGAUAAGGUGACAAAGGCGAAAGUGACGCUCGAAAGCUUCUACACAAAUCUGCUGUUUCAGCACGAGGAACGACAAAACAGAAUCAAACAAUUAGAAGAAAUAAUAGAAGGCCUCUCAGAAGAAGAGAAACGAGAGAAACGGGCACAACAUGCCCAGAAAGAGACAGAAUUUCUACGACUAAAGCGGUCACGACUUGGAGUUGAUGACUUUGAGUCGCUGAGAGUAAUUGGACGAGGAGCAUUCGGUGAAGUGCGACUCGUCCAAAAGAAAGACACUGGACAUAUUUAUGCUAUGAAAAUUUUACGCAAGGCAGACAUGCACGAAAAAGAACAGGUUGCACAUGUACGAGCUGAACGAGACAUAUUAGUAGAGGCUGACAAUCCCUGGGUGGUGAAAAUGUAUUACUCAUUCCAAGACCCGAACAACUUGUAUUUAAUAAUGGAAUUUCUACCUGGAGGUGAUAUGAUGACGCUACUCAUAAAGAGGGACACUCUAUCCGAAGAGUGCACUCAGUUUUGUAUAGCCGAAACAAUCCUAGCGAUUCACUCCAUUCACAAAUUAGAUUUUAUACACAGGGAUAUCAAGCCAGACAACCUUCUCAUUGAUAUUACGGGUCAUAUUAAGUUGUCAGACUUCGGACUGUGCACAGGUUUAAAAAAGGCUCAUAGAACAGAAUUUUAUCGAGAUUUAUCUCGAGCGAAUCCACGUGAACUAACUGUGCAACCAAAUAAACCAUUAGAUUCAAAGAGGAAGAUGGAGACGUGGAAGAGGAAUCGCCGAGCAUUGGCAUAUUCAACGGUAGGUACACCGGAUUACAUCGCUCCGGAGGUGUUUCUUCAGACUGGUUAUACGCAGGCGUGUGAUUGGUGGUCGCUAGGUGUUAUUAUGUACGAGAUGUUAAUAGGAUUCCCGCCAUUCUGUUCUGAGUCGCCUCAAGAAACCUACCAUAAAGUAAUGAACUGGAAGGAUACGCUGGUCUUCCCGCCAGAAAAUCCAAUUUCAGCCGAGGCGAAAGAUCUGAUUUUGAGGUUAUGCUGCGAAGCAGACCGACGUAUUGGGAAGAAUGGAGUCGCUGAAAUCAAGGCGCAUCCAUUUUUUGAAGGGGUUGACUGGGAACACAUCCGAGAACGACCCUCACCUAUUGCAAUCGAUGUCAAAGGUCUUGACGAUACAUCAAAUUUUGAUAGCUUUCCAGAUAUUGAAAUCAAACCAAUUGCACCUGUUCAUAAGGAAGGCGAUAACUACAAAGACUGGGUGUUUAUCAAUUACACUUUCAAACGCUUCGAGGGCCUAACUCAACGAGGAGCGCAGCGCUCCACUCACCCUAAAAUGCUGGCUAGUAUCGCCUCCCACAAUAACUUCAGGUAGACGCCAGUCAGUCACUGACCGAACCACAGUGUACUUAAGAGAUGAGGUUUUAUUCUAGCGUAAAAAAUUUAUUUAAAUAAAAACUUACAAUGAUUCUCAUUCUGAAAGUUAUUAGUUUGUAGAGGAAAGAACUAAAGAUAAGACAACAUUUUGUGGUGUAUUGGGUGUUAAUGUGCUAGGAGAGUUAUAUCUUAGAUAUUAUAUGUGCAUGUGUUUAAAUGGAAAAAACAUCUUGUGUGUGCACAGGAGGGAUGAUGAUGUAUAUGUGCACGUGUGCUAGGAAGGGAACCACAUGUCUUGCGUGUACAUUUAGUGUGAGGGGGGUAAUGAAUGUGAUCUUGCCUCUAGUUGUACGCAUUCUAUAGGGGGGUGAAUAAUUUCUUAUGUGUACAUACUUUAAGGCAGGGGAAUCGGAUGUCUUGCACGUACAUUUACACGUGUUAUGAUAAGUUAUUGAUGCCUUGCACGUACGUGUCCACGUGCAAUGGAACUGAUGGUUACCUUGCGUGUAUGUGUGCAACAUUUGGUGGUGGGUGGGUUAAUUUUAUCGGAACUAAAGAAGAUUGCAUGGAGCAUGUUAAGAUUAAGUGUAUAAGGUCUAGUCAACACUAUCAAAUUUGUUGCUGUAUGCCCAUAUAUAGUCAUGAUUUUCCUAUAUAUGGUUAUGAUGUGAUGUCAUCAUGACCAUAUUUGGGCAUGUCACAUGUCAAAUAAAAUUUGAGUCUCGACAGUGCCAAGCAGGGAAUAUAGCUAUAUGCAGUAUAUAUAUAUAUAUAUAUAUAUUGAUGGAAGUGAUUGAAUUCCUCUCAGACUGAAUUUGUCUAUGCAAGUCAUGUGGAUGGAAAUUGAAGUUUCUGAUUGGUUGACUGCAAUCAUUCCUCUUAACUAUUCAAUGCAAAGUUAUAAGAUGAUCGUUUGUCGUUCUUUUGUUGUUUUUUUUAGGCUGUAUCAGCUUAGGUUUAUGGAGGUAUAUCAAUUUGGCAAUUACUGUAUUAGAAUUCAUGCUUUUGAUGUGUGAGCUGUUAUACAAUAUCAUUCUUUUUUUCAUGUUAGGUCAAAGAAUAUUGUGUACAAUGAUAACCCUUUGCAGGCUAAAAUGCUUAUUGGCUUUGGAUAUGUUCUUUAACAGAAAUUUGAAUAAUGCGUGUUUAAGGACAUUGUUGGCUGCUGUUCUCAGAAUCAUUGUGUUCACAUGUGAUCACUUUAUGGAAUUUUAUUAUUAACAUUAUCAUGAUUUGCAUCUUUAUUAAACAUUAUCUACUCAUCUUUACAAUUCCUUUUUGUCACCAUCAUCAUCAUCGUUAUCAUCAUCAUAAUCAUUGCUAUCAUUAUCAUAAUCAUGCUUAUCAUCAUCAUCAUCCUUCCAUACAACCACAAUGUCAAUAUUCAUACAUAGAGUAAUUUAAUUAUAUAAUAACUUGUCCAUUUGGAGUGUCUAUAGACAAGAUAUGUGUUGACACUUGUGUGGUGAGGUCCUUUAGCACCUCAGCCCAUCUACUGGGUCACAUUAAGUAGGGAUUACCUAUAUUGCAAGAAUGCAUGACAAUGAUUUACAGUGUCCCAAUCUUGUUUUCUAAAUAUCACCUGAUGGGUUAGUCACAUGAUCUCUGCAUAUGAGUUAGUCACAUGAUCUCUGAAUAUGGAUAAGUCACAUGAUCUCUGAAUAAGGUUAGUCACAUGAUCAGAAGCAUAUCCUGCCUUAAUAUCCUCAUCUGCUUAAUUUGUUUUUGUUGCCAAAGAAAAAAAACUUCAAAAAAGUUUAAACACAAUAUAUAUGUAUAUAAAUAUAGAAAAAGUAAAAAUAAAGUGUAUUUUUGGCAAUUUAUCGUGAUUUAAGUAACGGUGUGGUUAUGCCUUGCAGUGUCUUCCCAGGCUUGCUCUAAAUUCUAGGUGGAAGGAGGGAGGGAAGUAAGGAAGGGAAGGUUGGAUAAGAGGGAAGAGAAAUAGGAUAGGAUAGAGUGAAAAAUCCUUUCAUUGUUGAUACCUAACCCUCCCAUAGUCUAUGCAUGUUUGUUAUUGUUGUAGCAGUUUAGUGGCCUUAUUUCAGCUCAUUCACUCCAGCCUUUAUAUUAUUAUCUGGUUUAGCAAUCCUUGACAGUUACUCACCUGCAAUUUCAAACCUUACAAUGCUAUCAGAUUUUGAGUAUUAGUAUGACAGUGUAGUUAAAAAUCCCAUGGACAAGAAUAUGUAAAUAUUGAUGGCUACCAGUAUGUAUGGUAUGAAACAGCAAUAAAUAUAGAUUGUGAGAGUGUUAAAGGAAAUCCAGUGAUAGGUUAAUAUACUCGCUCUGCUAUGAUUUUCUUCCUAAGAGAAAACAACAAAGCAGUUAGCGGUGUUCUAAAGCCUCUGUGGAUAUUGUGAUAUAUCCCAAACAUAAUAAUUUGACUAUUCUCUGAAUUUACUGAAUGGCGUUUGUUAGUGGAUUUAAACUUGAGAGAGAUUUCAGGGAUUGCGAGACUGUGCUCAGGGGUAUAUGAUUAUUUUACAGACAUUAUGAUUCAGAGAUAUGAAUAUUUUUUUGACUCGAUGUGUGAACUGUGAUACUUCAUAUAGGCAGCUUAAAAAAAUCCUUUGAUUUAAAAGCUUUGUAGAAUUUGAGCAUGACUGUUGGUUAUGAAUCACCAAGUCCAUUUUCACACUCAUCCACAUGGUAUCAAUUAUAUUAAUGUGUUUUUUUUUGUUUUUUUUUCAUUUUUCAUGUUCAUCAUCUGCAAAACACAUUUUCUGACUAUGAGGAUGUUAGUAUAGAAUCUUGGUUAUGUAGCUCAGUUGGUAGAACAACCAGACAUCAAUUGUGUAAUAGGUACAAAUAAACAUUUUGUUUCUUUUGAAGGAGGCGACCCUUCCAGAUAGGCAGAUGUAUAAAACAAUUGAAGCCUAAGAUAAUCUACAGAUUUUUUUUCCAGAUUUUACAGUAUUUGACCAGCAGUGUCUAACUUUCAGUACAUUGAAAAAUGCAAUUUGUUUGAUGAGCGAUGUAUGAAACAACAUACACUGUCAAUGUCUGAUCAGACUUAAAGUGAAUGCUUGUUACAGAGAUAUCUAUUCAAACAAAUAAUCCAAUGUCUGAUAUUAGUUGGGCAAUGCUUUGUUUUGUCAGGUAUUAUCUGAUCAAACAUUAUUAAAUCUGGCAAAAUCUUUCUGAGCAGACAUUUUUGUACAUUACAGACACAAUAUUUGAUCAAAUUUAAGUGUAUGCUUGUUUAACAGACAUAUCUGUUCAAACAAAUAAUCCGAUGGCCAUCUUUCCAUGCUAUGUUUAUCAGGCAAUAUCUUAUCAAACAUUAUUCAAUCUGACAAACAAAAUCUGAUAGUGUAUUCCAGGCUUAAGAGAACUUAAAAACAUAACAUUAUUCUCCUCAAACAAAGCUUUUAUUUAACAUCUCAUGUGAAUAUAUCUUGUUUCAAUUUGACCCUUGCUUAGCAUAUUAGGUAUAUACAUUUAUAAAUAUAUAUAUAUAUAAUAAAAUUAAGGAUAACAUGUGUACAUAGAGACGAUACUAAAUACUAGAUAUGAAAUACAACUCGGGCUGUUCUUGUUUGUUUCAAUAUCUUUCAUAUAACCUAGAUUGUUGAAAUUUGUUGUCUUUGAAGUUACAAUUAUGUAAAGCACCUCAUCUCCUUGAAUCGGUAUAUAAAGCAAAAAAUUACUUGGUUACAAUAAUUCAAUUUAUGUUAACAGUGUGGUAUGUGUACAAAUAUGUAAAUCUAUAAAAUACUUGCAAAGUGUGUUCAUAACCCAGAAUAAGAAAUAGUUUUAAAUAUCUUGGAUUUUUGUUACAUUUUUUUGUUGUUUUUUUAAUUGGUGUCAAGCAGUUAUCCAUAACAAGUGCAAAUGAUCUGAGAUUUUUAUUUUGAACUUAUAUAUUGUUAAGAACAAGAUAUCUGAUCACCAAUGUUGUAUCAACUUCCGUAUCUUUAUAUCUCUUUGUUGAUUUCCUGCCAAAGAUUGGUGUUAAGUUUGCUUACAUUACUGGUUUGAAUUCCUUGAAUGAGCUCUAUUUUUAGUCUGGUUUCUUAUGAAAGGGAUGUGAUUGGUGGAAAGCCAAUAUCUAAUGAGGAUCCCAGAAUCGUCAAUAGAGAAGUGACGUGAAUUUAAAAGAAACAGUUUACCCGGUACUACAAAGUCUUCAGAUUAUAACAAUAGUCAUUUUUCCAAGUUUACAUAUUCACGUGCACAGUACACAUAUUAUGUACGAUGCACGCAAAAGCGAAUUUAGAUCAGCUACCAGCCUCGUGCGAAAAAAAGCAGAACCCACUGAAGCACUAGUGUAGCUUCUGCGUUGCAAACCUGUGAGCAAAAUAAGUUGGUCUGCAUGCAAAAUAACAGCCAAUCAAUGAAGGCAUAUUCAUGAUGUUUUCUUUUAUAACAUAAAAUUAUAAAUAUGGAUGCUAAAAUUAAUCAUGUCAACCUGUGGCGUUGCCACAUUUAUAUAGAUAAAUUGUUGGCUGGUUGAGAGGUUAUAGUUUAGAAUAUAAAGAUGGGUACAAGAUCAAAGACUGUCAGAGAAAGAUGGUUCAUUACAAAUAAAUGCAGAAUUUAUAUCUUUUAAUUAAUUUUUUAAAAAAUAUUUCGGCCCUUGUGAGUUUAAUUGUAUUUUGGUUUGAGAGACUGAAUUAACAAACACCAACUUCAUUUUAAUUAUUAUUAAUAAUAAUAAUUAUGUAAUGGCUAUUCUUACACCAUUUGUAAACCAAUUCAUUUUGUCAUAGUGUAUAUAAUUUUUUUUUCUUUGAGUUUAAUGUGAACGUAACUACAUCGUUAUUCUUUUUAAUUUAAUUUCUAGUUUGAAAAAUUUGAUAUUUUUAUAUUUGAUUUAUCUUCAGUGCUUGUACGUUAAGUACACAGAAUGUGUUGUUUAUUGAUAUUUCAAUGUUGUACCAUAUCUACAUUAUAUCAUUCUAAAUGAUUAAUAAUUGUGAUUGUCAUCUGAAGGCGUGGCCUCUGCAUCAUCAUCACAUAUCACUUCAACAUUUAUUCACAAGUUAUUUAAUAUUUGUGAGAUACAAUAAGAUGAGAAAAUAUUGUUAUUGUCAUUAUUAAUAUAUAUGUAUACUGUUUGAAACUAUCAUGUACACUUAUAAAAAUACAUUACACUGUACUAAUAUGGCCAUUAACAUUUUUGGCACAGUUUUUCUCCUAAAUUUAGUUUGAAUUUUGAGUGGUAUUUAAAAUAUUUCACUGUUUUGAACUUUUGCAAUAGCAUAAACAUGUGAUGUACUGUAUAGUAAUUAACUUGCUUGCACCAGGUAUUGAAAACACAUUUUGAAAUUAGAAUACAAUGGAAGAAAAAAAAAACAACAAAAACUAGCACAUGAUGUGUUUCUAUAGAUACAAGUUUAGCAUUUAUGCACUGCUUUAAUAGCCUACCUUAAACUGCUAGUACCAAUAUUUGACUGCUCUACAUUUUACAACAUGGCAUGACCAUUACUUCCCUACACAAUUAAGCCAUGAUUAGUAUGUUCUUAUAGCACUGUACCCCCAUUGUCAUAAUCCAUAUGGGUACAUCCCUAUAAUAGCAAAGCUGCCAAAAAGGGGGUUACAAUUUCUGGGUGGGGCAAAGGGUCCCCAUUCGGUCUCUGGUUAAGGUAUGUUUUCACGUGUUUUUUAAUAACCGUUUAAAAACACGUGUUUUUUACUCAGCAGAAACAUGCCCACCAACAAAUGCCCUGGUGAGACAAACCUCCCCAGCACAUAGAGAACUUGUGCAAUUUUUAAGCAGUUCUAAGAGUAGUACAACCUGUGACAGGGAGCUUGUCCAUCAGAGUGCGAGAGUCCCCUUCCCCUGCUGUUACUGCCACAUUUUCCCAACCCCUUCCCUAUACCACUUUACCGUACCACAGUGCUAAAUUCUUGUACCCCAAGGCUACAUCCCUAUAACCAAAAAUAAUGUCCAUUUACAAAUGGUACCAUGAUUUAUAAAGCUUACUAUGGAAAUAAUUUGCAGGCGCUGCCAUAUUAGAAAACAAUAUAAUUUGUAAUUGAUUUUAUCGGGUUGUUUUACAUAACUUUUGAUAUAUGGUUUUCCUCUUAUUAUGUUUAGUUUUUGAGUAGGUGUAAAAUUUGCACUUUAAUUGACCUGAUGUAGCUCGUUGUCCACUUGCAGAUUGACCAGUGAUUGUGAAGUGCACUGUGACUGUAGGUGGCGCCAUAUAUCUUGUCUGUCAGAUUCUCGUCAGAUAUGUCGUGCAAUAUUUAGGUUUGUAGGGGUGCUUAUUAGAUUUUAGAGAUGCUUUGAAGAUAUUUGGACAGAAAUUGUUCUUAUUAAACUUAGUUCUUUUAUUAAUGAUUUAAUUCGCUUGUGAGAAUAAAUGCAUUUGGAAAUGUUUAACUGAAAAAUAGGAGUUUUUUCCUCAUUUAAUAUUUUAUGAUCUUGUUUUAUGAUCAUGUUUUAUGAUCAUGCUUUGUGAUCAUGUUUGCUUUCAUUCUUAACAAAUAGUGCUAAUUUGUUUGGGGUUUUUGUUUCAUAAAAUAUUAAUUUUGAUGCCAAUUUUUUUUUUUGUUUUGCUACAAAUUUAAGAUUCACAAAAAAACACUUUAUAAGAGAAGUUAUGAUGUGCAUGUAAAGUUGCCAAUUUGUGGAGAUGCCUAAUGAAUAAAUUAUUCAAAAGUCGAGA